AUGCAGUGGGUGGUGGGCAGGUCAAGCAGGCAACUUCGUGCUCAGAAAAGCAGAAGUGAAGCGGAUGGAUGCACAGACUGGUCGGUGGAUUACAAGAAAUAUCAGGUUUUGGUUGGUGAACCUGUUCGAAUAAAAUGUGCAUUAUUUUAUGGAUACAUAAGAGCAAACUAUACAUUAGCACAGAGUGCUGGACUCAGCUUGAUGUGGUAUAAAAGUACUGGGCCUGGAGAUUUUGAAGAGCCAAUUGCUUUUGAUGGAAUAAGGAUGAGCAAAGAAGAAGAUGCUAUUUGGUUUCGACCAACUGUGACAGAAGACAGUGGUCUUUAUGCAUGCGUCAUAAGGAAUUCCACGUACUGCAUGAAAGUUUCUAUAUCCUUGGCAGUAGGGGACAAUGACACUGGAUUUUGCUAUAACUCCAAAAUGAAAUACUUUGAAAAAGCUGAACUUAGCAAAAGUAAAGAAAUUCUAUGCCCAGAGAUAGAGGAUUUCAUUAUGCCAUACAGGGAGCCAGAAAUCAAGUGGUACAAGGAAUGUAAAGCAAAGACCUGGAGGCCCAGUAUAAUACUGAAAAGGGACACUCUAGUCAUCAGGGAAGUAAGAGAAGAUGACAUUGGAAAUUAUACCUGUGAACUGAAGUAUGGAAGUUUUUUAGUUAGAAGAACGACCGAAUUAUCAGUAACAGCUCCACUGACUGAUAAACCACCAAAGUUACUCCAACCUUCAGAAAACAAGCUGACAAUCCAAGAAGCGCAAAUAGGCAGCUCAGCUAAUUUAACCUGCAGAGCCUUCUUUGGCUACAGCGGUGACGCCAGCCCUUUAAUUUACUGGAUGAAAGGGGAGAAGUUUAUUGAGGAUUUGGAUGAGAAGAGAGUCAGAGAGAGUGAUAUAAGAGUUCUUAGGCAACAUCUUGGAGAGCAAGAGGUAUCGAUCUCUCUAAUAUUUGACUCAGUGGAAGAUGCAGAUCUGGGAAAUUACUCCUGCUAUGUUGAGAAUGGGAAUGGACGUAGACAUGCAAGUGUUCUCCUCCAUAAAAGAGAACUGAUGUACACAGUUGAACUUGCUGGAGGUCUUGGAGCCAUACUUCUGUUACUUGUAUUCCUGGUCACCAUCUACAAAUGCUACAAGAUAGAACUUAUGCUUUUUUACAGAAAUCACUUUGGUGCAGAAGAACUUGAUGGAGAUAACAAGGAUUUUGAUGCAUAUUUAUCAUAUACAAAAGUAGACCCAGAUCAAUGGAACCAAGAGACUGGAGAAGAAGAGAGAUUUGCACUGGAAAUUUUACCUGAUAUGCUUGAAAAACACUAUGGUUAUAAACUGUUCAUACCCGACAGAGACUUAAUUCCAACAGGAACUUACAUUGAGGAUGUGGCAAGAUGUGUUGACCAAAGUAAAAGGCUUAUAAUUGUCAUGACUCCCACUUAUGUUGUAAGAAGAGGUUGGAGUAUAUUUGAAUUAGAAACCAGACUUCGGAAUAUGUUGGUCACUGGAGAAAUAAAAGUGAUACUGAUAGAGUGCAGUGAACUCCGUGGGAUUAUGAAUUACCAAGAAGUGGAAGCUCUGAAACAUACAAUUAAGCUCCUUACUGUUAUCAAAUGGCAUGGGCCAAAAUGCAACAAGUUGAAUUCAAAUUUCUGGAAACGUUUACAAUAUGAAAUGCCUUUUAAAAGAAUUGAACCCAUCACACAUGAGCAGGUUUUAGAUGUCAGUGAGCAGGGACCUUUCGGGGAACUGCAGACGGUCUCAGCAAUCUCUAUGGCUGCUGCUACUUCCACUGCCCUAGCCACUGCCCAUCCCGACAUACGUUCUACGUUUCAUAACACUUACCAUACACAAAUGCGGCAGAAACACUACUAUAGAAGCUAUGAAUAUGAUGUACCUCCUACUGGCACCCUGCCUCUUACCUCAAUAGGUAAUCAGCAUACUUAUUGCAACAUACCUAUGACACUAAUUAAUGGACAGCGGCCACAAACAAAAGCAAACAGGGAGCAGCACCCAGAAGAAGCUCACACAAACAGUGCUAUCUUGCCACUUUUGCCAAGGGAGACAAGUAUAUCUAGCGUCAUCUGGUGA